AACCGUAUUAGUUAAAUGGCGUCGUCAUCGAUUUGGAUGGGUAAUGAAAUGAUAACAAAAGCCUUGAUUUUCAAAUUCAUCUAUACUGCACGGUUCCCCUGAAAAUAGAAUACGUGUAUACGUCUGAUCAUUUUAUUCUUUGGCUCUCAUAAAAUUCUGUGCUUUUUUUAAAUAUAUAUUUUCCACUAUAUAUAGUCCAUAUGCGGAACAGUGGCCUCAAAGUUCUGAGGUCCGGGGUUCAAAUCCCGGCACCGCCUGGGUUUGCAGUUCAGGAUGUACUCUGCUUCCUGGCCGAUGACAGCUGGGGUUGGCUCCAGCACUCCCGCCACCCUAGUGAGGAUAAGCGGCUCUGAAAUUGGAUGACUGGGCAGUAUGUUCAAGGCAGUUUUUGGACAAAAGAAGCACAAAGGAGGAAAAUCAGAUGAAACAAGGAGGCAGAAGCACCCUGGCGGGGAGGCGCAUCCUCCCAUCAGCCUGCAGCCGGGCUGCGGCCCUCGGGCUCCACAUCACCUUGCCCGUGGCCGUCCAGGACGCCGUGGACGGCCCAAGCCGCUGACCGCGGGGGUGUCCAUUUCCUUACCGUCCUCUCCUCUCCUCCCUCGCCAAGACGACAUCGUUCCAUCCCAUUCGUGCAGCAAGUUCCCAGGACGACUAAGGAAGCCGGAGUAUGCGGACGGCUCUGGCGACCGGAGAGGACCGCUCGUCCCCGGCGAGACGGAGCACGGAGACCUCCACGUGGAGCUCCAGCUGGACUCCUCGGUUUCUACCCGGGAACUGAUGACCAGGCUAUGCUUCUUAUUGGGAGAAACGACGCCCGGCGUAGCUAGCGCUCCCAUGGAGGACAGGAGGGAAAAGAAGGGCGACGCUCUCGCUCAGGGGGGGAGCCCCAGCUCCACCCUGACCUGCAGCACCGCCUCUCCUUGUUCCGAGAGCCCCUCGUCCACCUUAAGCGGCGCUAACCUAUGCCAUCCUUUGCUCCUGGCUCCGCCGCACGGCGGCUCCAACCAAAGUCCCAGCGGGACGCUCUCCAGCCCCAUACGCGGCGCCGCUCAGUGUUCUCCUGCCGCACUCGUCGCUGGCCCGCCGCCGCAAAGUCCCACCUCCACCCUGGAGAGCAGAGACAGCGGAAUAAUAGCGACCAUCACUAGUUCUUCUGAGAAUGAGGAGCGAAGCGUCUCCAGUUCAGAUGCGACGAUGGACGAAGCCACAGGGGGCGCUGUUGUAGUCACGGGACACGCAGGCGAGGACAACCAUCUUGGGCCUCCCCGGAGUCAUCCCGCCAUCCAACUCGAGGAGACGUCAGUGAGAGGCGAUAUUAAGGAGCCCAGGACGCCCCCGCCACCAAAGAGGCCCCUCCCACAGCACAACAUACACGCCGCCUCUUCUUUCAUGAUGCCCCGUCCAAAUUCUGUGGCAGCAACGUGCUCCACUCGACUCGAGGAUCUGAGUUAUCUGGACCACCACCAACAGGUUGGGGGGCACAGGGGCUCCGUCCGCAAGCUGAACACAACUGGACGCACAAAUGAGGACUCGAAAGGGAGACUGGCCCAUUUCAAACAAGGCGACAUCAUGCUGAAACCGCUGCUGUUCGAAGUUCCCGGCGCCACCGCGGAAACGCCUUUCGUGGGCCGGGACUGGCUCUUCGCGCGUCUGGACGAGGUCCUGAGGAAAAGCAACGACUGUGAGGGCAGAGGGGCCGUCAUUGUGGGAAACGCCGGCUCGGGCAAAACUGCCAUCAUGUGGCGGCUGGUGGCGCUCAGCUGUCACGGCAAGCACACGCAACACGGCGGGACCGGCGUCCCCCACACCACCGCUUCCUCUCCCAAAUCGGGGGAACGGCAGCGAAAAUCUGCCUCCAAACAAGCUGCCGAUUCCCAGGCCAACACGAGUGCUGCCGCAGGAGCGACUGACAGCGCGGCGCAGAGCAAAGAGCUCGCCACAUGCCUUGCCAACAAGGUGGUCGGUUACCAUUUCUGCCAGGCCGACAACACAUACACCUGCCUUGUCCCAGAGUUUGUUCACAGUGUCGCCGCCCUGCUGGCCAGAUCACCGCAGCUCGGCCCGUACAGGGAGCUUCUGAUCCAGGAACCUCACCUGCAGAAUAUGCUCAGUCUGCGCUCGUGUGUCCAAGACCCCAUAGCUGCCUUUCGAAAGGGCGUCCUGGAGCCCCUGGCCAACCUGCGCAAGGAGCGAAGGCUGCCCGAAGAAGACUACAUCAUCUUGGUUGACAGUCUCAACGAGGCCGAAUUUCACAAACCCGACUACGGGGACACCAUCGCCACCUUCAUCACCAAGAUCGUCUCCAAAUUCCCCGUCUGGCUCAAGCUGGUGGUCACAGUGAGGACGGGGCUCCUGGAAAUAACCACGUUGCUCCCGUUCUCCGGCAUCUCCUUGGACAUCCUGCCCGACAGCAGCGACCUGGGAGCGGACCUGAGCGACUACAUCCACCACCGGGUGAGCGGCAGCGCCCAGAUCGCCGCCAACGUGACCACGCCCACAGGCUGCGCACCUGACCCGCUGCUCCUCAGCAAGUUCAGCAGUCACCUGACCACGCGCAGCAACGGCUCCAUCCUCUACCUUCGGCUGACCCUGGAUCUGUUCCACAAAGGGCAUCUGGCGCUCAAAGGGGGAAACUACCUGGUUGUGCCCGUGUCCCUGUCAGAGGUGUACAUGCUGAUGUGCCGAGCGAGCUUCCCGGACAAAGACGUCUUCGAGCGAGUGCUUCCGGUUCUGAACGUGGCCCUGGCGUCACUGCACCCGCUGACGGACGAGCAAAUGUUCCGGGCGCUCAACGCGGGCAGCGUGAGGGGGGAGCUGGAGUGGAAGGAUUUUCAGCAGAGGUUAGACAGCCUGGCUGGAUUCAUGGUCAGGCGCCGUGAUGGCACGCGCAUGCUGUGCCAUCCUUCCUUCAGAGAGUGGCUGGUUUGGAGGGCGGACGGCGAAAGCACCGACUUCCUCUGUGACCCAAGGAGCGGCCAUGCUCUCCUGGCCUUCAUGUUCUCCAGACAAGAGGGCAAGCUGAACCGGCAGCAGACCAUGGAACUGGGACACCACAUCCUCAAGGCUCACAUAUUCAAGGGCCUGAGUAAGAAAACCGGGGUGUCCUCCACUGUCCUGCAGGCCAUGUGGGUGAACUGCAGCACGGACAGCCUCUCUGCUGCGCUCGCGUCCCUGAGGAACCUCUACACACCCAACAUCAAGGUCAGUCGUCUGUUGAUGCUGGGCGGCGCCAAUGUGAGCUGGUGUACGGAAGUGGUGGGACACGCCCCCAUCCUGGGCGUCCACGCCCACCUGGGCCACGUGGUGGUGGCCCUGCUGGUGGAAAUGGGCGCGGCCGUCAGCGUCAGCGCAGACAGCGGCAUGACGCCGCUGUGCCUGGCGGCGGCUGCGGGGCACGUCGGCGUCGUCGGGCUGCUCUGCAAGAAAGGGGCCGAGGUGGGCCAGGCUGAUAAGAACGGCCAGUGCGCGCUGGUCCACGCCGCGCUGAAGGGCCACACGGAGAUCAUCGGCAUCCUGCUGGGCCAGGAUUGGGGCCCCGAGCGCCCCGCCAACCCGCAGCAGCAGCAGCAGCAGCAGCAGACGACGACUGGGAAAAAUCCGGCCGUGCAGCAGGCGGUCACGGCCGCAGCCAGCGUAGGACACACGCAGGUGGUGAAGAGCUUGCUGGACUUGGAAGACAAACAGCUGGCAGUGCAGAUGGACACUCACGACUCCCUCUGGGGGGAAACGGUGCUGAGUGCGGCAGCGGGCAGGGGGAGGAUGGAGGUGUGCGUGCUACUUUUGGACCGGGGGGCCGGGCUGGAGGUGCCGAACCGCAGGGGGAUGGUCCCCCUCCUCAGUGCAGCCAAACAUGGGCACACGCAGGUGGCAGAGCUGCUGCUGAAACACAACGCGGACGUCGGCGCGUGUGACAAGCAGGGCCGUACGCCGCUGAUGCUGGCCGCCUCCGAGGGCCACGGCGGCACUGUGGAGGUGCUGCUGUCCAAGGGCGCCAGCGUGUCUGCCGCGGAUCAGGAGGGUCUGACCGCAACGAGCUGGGCCUGCAUGAGGGGCCACAAAAGUGUCCUGCAGCCCCUGGUGGACGCGGGCGCAGACCUGAACCAAACAGACAGGCAGGGACGCACUCCUCUCGACCUCGCCGCCCUGAACGGAGAUGCUGAUAUAGUGCACUUCCUGCUGGAACACGGCGCGGUCCUCGAGGGGAUGGAAAACAACGCAAGCGUGGCCGCGGAGCGGACCGUUGGCUGCCAGAAUCCGGCCCUGGUGGCCUCGCUACUCAAAAAAGGCUCCAAGACGGCACAAGGCUACAGAACGGCACCGCACGAUCGAUCAGGUCACGCCACAUGGGCCAUGGCUUCCACCAAACCAGACAUCCUCCUCAUCCUGCUGCAGAAGCUCAUGGAGGAAGGAAACAUACUUUACAAGAAGGGACGCAUGAAGGAGGCCAGCCAGCGUUACCAGUACGCUUUGCGGAAACUGCCCCGGGAGGGCCAAGGGGAGGAACUCAAGGGGCUCAAAGACCUGAGGGUGUCUCUCUAUCUCAACCUGUCCCGCUGCCGGAGAAAAACCAAUGACUUUGGCAUCGCCGAGGACUUUGCAACAAAAGCUCUGGACCUGAAGCCCAAGUCCUACGAGGCCUAUUAUGCAAGAGCACGUGCCAAGAGGAGUAGCAGGCAAUUCGCCGAGGCGCUGGCAGACCUCCACGAAGCGGCGCGACUCUGCCCGUCCAACCGGGAGAUCCGUCGUCUGCUGGUACGAGUGGAAGAGGAGUGCACGCAUCAUCAGAGGAUGACCAGCGGCAGUAACGCGUCGCAGAGUUACAACAGCCACCACCACCACCACCACCACCGCCGCCGCCGCACCCCCGAAGACGAGGCGGACGAGAAUUCACAGGGAAGUCUGGAGAGACGAAUCCCAGAGGAGCCGUCUGAUCCACGGCAAGACGACGACGACGACGAGGACGAGGACGAGGACGAAGGGGAAGAGCUGAGCCUGCAAUGCGGAAAAGGCUCCGGAUUUUGGCCCCUGAAUCCGUACGGUCCAAACAGGACUCUCCCUGGAGGUGCGGCGUUUGGGUUAACUGAUCAGUCGCCGUGUUUCCCUCAAGAGGAGUACGUUCAGAACCCGCUCUUUAUGGACCUGCCUGACCCGCUCGUGACUGUCCACAAGCAAAGUCAAAACCAGAGCGGCAGGACUCAUCACCACUGCCACUCCCUGCAGUCCGGGGGCAGGGUGGGCGCCAGGCCUCUCUCUCUCUGCGGACCCUCCAGUCCUCUGCCGGGAAGACACAUCUCCACCUCCCUGAGGCCUGCACCCGUGCUGGCUCUUGACACGGAACAUUCUGGGCUCAGUCCCACAGAACACUACCUUCCCAUGUCACCCAGCAGCUCCUCGCCACCGGGUCCCCUUCAAAUGUACCAGCCCCGCUCGUCCAGCUUCUCCAGGGGGUCCGACAGACUUCUGGGACACUCGGUGGCUCUGGAUGGCCUGGCGCUUGCUCUGGGCUCGGUUGUGGAGGUCAGAAGGGAGGCCGGCGGAGCAGGAACAGCUGGAUCGAGGGGUUCCAGUUCGAGUCAGGCCUCCAGCGGGAACCAGUCAGACAGCGGCAAGCAACAGGCGCUGGACCCUCCGUGCCCCCUCAAAAGCAGCGGCAGCUUCAAGUCCAAAGGCGAGAUGAAGCCGCGGCCCUUCAUGGGGGUCAUGGACAAAGCGGCCCGAGUCCAGAGUCAGCAGACCUCCGGUUUUGGUCGACAGGGCCAAGGAGGAGGGGGCGUGGAAAGUUUCAGCAUGUCCGUCAUGGACUUCCAGGGCUCCAACAAUGACUACAAGCGUUCUUCCUUCCAGGAACCGCUGAGUCAGGACUUCAGAGAGCGGCUGCACCAGCGAGAGGGAAGAGCCGCCGCGUCGUCCCAUCUACGUUUUCCCGACGGGAGGCCCAGGCAGGCGAGUCUGACCAGAGACAACCCGACGCUGCAUAUGGCGCCCAUCAAGCCCAAGCGCUCCUUUAUCGAGUCCAAUGUCUGAAUAAUUUGUCAAAGCACAAAAAAAAAAAAAAAAAAAAAGAAAGUCGCCUUGCGCUGCAGCGUCGGCUUUGCGGUCUCGCGCCAACCCGUGGUCUGCUUCAGCUUACAUGUUUACAGCUAGCUCACUAGUGGAUUCAAGACAUAUACCUUGAGUAGGAUUUUCAAAUAAGUAGUAGUACAUUAUCUAAACGCUAGUCCUUAAAGACGGAUCUGGGAAGUUUGUAAAGGAUAGGAGCCAGGAUACUGCCGGGUGGCAGAAUGCGAGUGACCUGAACUCACACGAUGACAAAAACUCACGCUGGCCCGAAAAGUAAAAAAUAUUAAAAUUAAAAUCAGGAUACACUGGAACUUAUAAGUGAGGAGGAAAUAGGCCGCCCGGUGGCGGCGGCGGUCACUUGGAAAGGGGUCAGACAGAAAACCAAAGCACCAUCGCUGAGUUUGUGGAAGACAUUUUCUCAUACCUAUGCUUCAAUCCCGCCUGUGUGGAGUUUGCAUGUUCUCCCUGUGCCUGUGUGGCUUUUCUCUGGGUGGGCACUCCGGUUUCCUCCCACAUCCCAAAAAACAUGCGACAUUAAUUGGACACUCUAAAUUGCCCCUUGGUGUGAUUGUGAGUGCGGCCGUUUGUCUCCAUGUGCGCUCCGAUUGGCUGGCGACCGGUUCAGGAUGUACCCCGCCUACUGCCCGUUGGCAGCUGGGAUUGCCUCCAGCACUCCCCGCGACCCUUGUGAGGAUCAGCGGCUAAGAAAAUGGAUGGAUGGAUGGAUAUUUCUACAAUAGGUUUAAAGCUGUUUUUUUGCCACUCCCAGUUGAAGUUUACUGUCAAACUAAACAAAACAAGAAUUACACUUUGUGUAACAAAAAAAAAAAAAACCCACAAAGCAAAAUCGCAUCUAUGUUGGAGGGAAACAAUAUUAGUGCCGCACCGAUGAGCCGAGAAGGGAUUCGAGACGUAUCAAUGAAUACUACAGCCAUCUUCCUUGUACGGCCCCCCAGGUGUCCAAGGCAGGCACAAACAGCACAAUCUCCCUUCAAGUGAUGCAUCUUUGAUUUGACAUAUUUCAUAUCUUAACAUUCGAUCUUCACCGAGUACAAUAUUACCGAGUGCC